UUUGCGAUAUGUACGAAUGACGUCAUCUUGUGAGCUCUCAAUCGACUCCGAAGUAGUUCUAGAAGUGCCAGCCACAUUUAAAGUGCUAAUAAAGUCAGAGGUCUAACUUAGAAAACUGUCUAGGCGGCGAAAGGAGCAGAUUUGGUUUCCUGUUACUGUCUGAUCCAAGGAAGCAAGUCAAAAUGUCCACCAAAAUCCCAAUAGAAGGGGACUCUGUCCUAGAAGAUUUCUACCAUAGCACUAGUGUAAUGUCUGCUCAUAUUGACAUAAGAAUGAAUUUCCUGAGGAAGGUGUUUGGUAUAUUGUCUGCACAGCUUUUGAUGACUGCUGUGGUGUCAGGAAUCUUCAUGUACUUUGAAGGAGUCAAGAAUUACAUACAAGAAAGUCCUGGUAUGCUGAUGAUUGCCUUUGUAUUGUCUUUCAUCUUCUUGGUUGCACUCAUGGUGAAGAGCAGGGAGUACCCAGCAAAUAUGAUUCUGCUUGCUUGCUUUACCCUGGUAGAAGCAUAUUCAGUAGGUACAGUUGUAACAUUCUAUGACAAGUCUGUAGUGAUUGAAGCUCUUGUCUUGACAUUAGCUGUAUCAUUCAGUCUGUUGGUCUUUACUGUUCAGAGCAGGAAAGACUUUAGUACAUGGGGUGCAGGUUUGUAUGCAGGUUUGAUGAUUUUGAUUGUUGGUGGUCUCCUUCAACUCUUUAUUCCUCAUUCUGACAUGCUGGAGCUAGUCAUCGCCAUUGGUGGUGCCAUCAUCUUCAGUCUCUUCCUCAUCUAUGACAUUCAUCUUAUUAUGCAUAAGCUCUCACCAGAGGAAUACAUCAUGGCUUCUAUCAACCUUUACUUAGACCUUAUCAACCUGUUCCUUUAUAUCCUUCGCAUUCUCAACCAAGCCAACAAGAAGUGAACAAUUAUAGACUGUAUUUAUCUCUCCUAGAAUUCACAUUCAUUGCACAAUGAACCAGGCAACAAGUAUAAUCACAGCUUUCAUUAUGGUUUAUUCACUUAUAAUACACUAUCUUAAUUUAUUUCAAGAAACAAUAUCUCAUACUUAGAUAUUAUACCAGGAGUUUAUGAGGAACUGUAUAUUACAUGUACAAGGACAUUAAGGAAAACAAAUGGGUAUAAUAUCUGAGUGAAAUAUUUAAGUCAGUUUACUGAUUA